AUGAUCAUACGACUACUGCUUUUCCUCCUGUACCUGGGGGCUUCUGAAGGCAGCGAGGAGGAAUUCCGACUUCUGAACGACCUUCGGCAAGGCUAUGACGUGGUCGAAAGGCCCAUCGCCAAUCAUUCUCAGCCGUUGACCGUCCGACUGAGGCUCAUUCUUCAGCAACUCGUUGACGUCGUGAGUCAUGCUUAUUUCUACAUUUUGGACUUGUGGAAGGCCUUGAAAAAAGAUGAAUGCAAUGAUUAUCGUUGUUUUCAGUCGCAACUCGUUUCAGGUCGGGCGCGCUGCGAAAAAAGCCAUUCCCUCAUGACCAUGGGUUUUCAAGUCAAACUAUACUUUGAAAAAAGGCCAAGAAAUCAAAAUCUAAACUUAGUCUAUUCAUUGCAACUUGAAACGACAUGACUUCACUGUACCCUCUUUUCCAUCGACUACCCUCUCAAUUUCACCUUCUAUUUCUCUGAUUUUCUGAUCUCCCUGUUGAGGUGAAAAGAAAGCGCAAAAAAAAAACCCCCAGUCAAAAAAGUGUUUCCUCGAAAAUUUAAAUCUGUAAUGCUUAAUGACGACUCCAGUCGCAACUCGUAUCAGGUCGGGUGCAUUAAGAAAAGCCUUUCCACGUGGGGUGGGGAUUCUAUCUUGAUAGAAACUGUAUCUUGAGGAAAAAAGACACAAAAAAAAAUUUAAUGAACUUAGUCCAUUCAUCGCAACUUCAAAGAAACGAGCUGACUUCUCUGCGCUCUCUUUUCUAUCGGCUACACUCUCAUUUUUACCUUCUAUUUCUCUGAUUUUCUGACCUCUCUCUUGAGGGAACAACUGCUUCUGUGACGUAUGCUUUUCAACAAAGAAAUUAUACUUGAAUCAAAAUUCUCACGCUUCAAACUUCUUAUUUUAACUAUCAUCCAUCCUUUCAGGACGAGAAAAAUCAAGUUCUGACAUUGGUCAUGUGGUCACAGUACACCUGGAACGACUACAAAAUGCGCUGGGCUCCUGAAGAAUAUGGGAAUAUCACGACGUUGCAGAUCCCGACCGGGUCUCUUUGGAAACCGGAUAUUAUCCUUUUCAACAGGUUUCUUUCAAUUCUGACCUGUCUGCGCUCUCUUAUCUCUCGUUGGAGAGGUCAGAGAGCGCAGAGAAAUCAGCACUUUUUAAAAAAAAUUAACGAAAAUUUUCAAUAUCUCGGACCUUGGUAGCGCAAUCCGGGCAUGCCCCGGACGUUUUUGAGCUUUUCUAGUGAUCCCUUUAGUGGCUUUUGUUAUUUCAAGUGGUCACUAGAAUGUCUGUGGAUCCGGUUUGCGUUCCUGAGCAGUUUCUAGUGAUCUCUUAAGUGCCCAUGACGCGUCCAGUUUGCGUUUCUGCUCAUUAGAAUGUAGUGGCCCCUUUAGUGGCUUCAGUAACUUAAGUGAUCACUAGAAAUGUUCAAAGCGUACGGGUAGCGUUAUCGAAGUCUAAGAUCUCGUAAAUACUUCAAAUUCCUCCAUUUUAACUCAUUCUACUGUUUCCUCAACUUUUUAAUUUAUUGAUUUUAAUCUGUAUACUCGUUCCCCUUAGUUCCUUUAGAAGAAAAUUCGAUUUCCAGUGCGAAUGAACAUUUCGACUCCUCAUUCCCGGUGAACUUCGUUGUUUCCCAUACGGGGGAAGUUCUUCAUGCUCCUCCGGGCAUUAUUCAACUGUCAUGCUCCCUUUCGAUGACUUGGUUCCCCUACGACGAACAAUUGUGCUACCUCAAAGUGAGCAAAUUUUAUUCUACAUUUCAUAGAUUACACGGCAUUCCUAAUGGGGUGAGGGAAGGAGAGUGAGACGUCAAAGUUUCUGAAUUUACAAAAAAAGUAAGUGCGCGCUUCGGAUAAAAGGACUGUGACGUCACAGCUACCUAUCGUUGCAAAUUAAACUGAGUAUCCAACGGCAUGAAGAAUACAUUUGGCUGCGUACUUGAGAUUUCAAAUAUCGCGCCAAAAUUUUUUUGACGUAUCCACACCCCGUUUGGGAACGCCGUGAUUACAAAGCUCUUAAGAGAUAACUGUUUUUACCCCCGGUUGAACUUUUGACGAAACUUUGCAGGGAUGUACUAGGCAUGCUGAUUCCAAAUCAAAAAUAAAAUUUCUCGACUUUUGCCUCGUAGUCGAGUUAUGACGGCUCAAAGGUUGCACCUCAGAAAAGUGGAACGCAACAAGAAGGAAUGUGUCUGGCGCACGAGUCUUCAAGUUGGCCGCUUAGUGUAGUGGCUAGCGUGCCAGCCUUGCAGGGGAAAUGAUCCGGGUUCGAAUCCUUUCAGCGGAAUUUAUUUUUGCUUUUUUUCUUUGAAGAAAUCUAUUAAAACUGUUGAAAUAUGAUCAAAGCUUUUGCUCAAAACAUAAGAGGGCCCCAAUUUUCACCAAAAACAGUUUUCUUGUUAUAAGCUUUACACCGAGGAAAUUAAGACUGAGUUUUUGAAGUCCUAAAAGCUUGGCUUACAGAAUAAUGAAAAAUUUCACGAUUCUUUUUUCAAAAAGAUCAAAAAAAGCUUUGAAAACAUAUACAAAAUUCAGCCCUCGUCUCAUGAGAAAGAUUUUGAUUUUUAUAAAAUAUUUCCAUAACGAAUUUCAAUUUAAUGAUUCAGUACGGUUCCUGGACCUACACCGGCUCAAAACUCGACCUUCAAAUCGAGGAUUCCGGACUAACCGAACGUCAUAAAAUGGACCUCAAGUACUACGUUCCGAAUGGAGAGUUUGACCUUCUAGGUACCUAUUUUUUUUCUGAAGCUUGAAUUUUUCGUUUUUCCAGCUACUCCGGCUCAAAGAAUAUCCACUGAUUUCCAUGGCGACAACUACGUCGAACUCUAUUUCCACAUGCAUCUCAAGGUUUUCAUCCUCGAAAAGUCUGACUUGUCUGCGCUCUCUUCUUUCUCGACAUCGAUGGGAAGAGAAAAGAGGGCGCAGAGAAGACAGAACUUUCAAAAAAUGAACCAAAAUUCAGCGUCGAACCCUGUACUACGGUCUCAAUUGGAUAGUCCCAUCGGUUCUAAUUUCCUUCACAAAUAUUUUGGGCUUCACGAUGCCCCCCGAGUGCGGAGAAAAGAUCACGUUACGUGAGGAACAUAGACUUUGACGCGAACCGUUUCUGGUCGGAUGACGUUUUCAGAGAUUACCAACUUACUCUCGGUUACUGUAUUUCUUGGAAUGGUCUCUGAGGUGACUCCGCCCACUUCUGAAUCGAUUCCAGUUAUUGGUAAGGUUUUUGGUAAAAAAAAAUUAUUACUGGGAAUUUUCUUAGUAUCUCCGCUAGAAUAAUCACAAAAUACGAAUUAUCUUUUUGGGUUUCAUUUUUUUUCCAAUUUCUCCUGAAACAGUAAACUUGGGAAAGUUUUUGAAAAAAAAAUUUUUUUACGACGCUUCGCUAGGACGCUUCUAACUCGAAAAAAAUAUAAAUUUAUCAAAAAAAUUAUAUUUUUUUCAACGGUGUCAAUAUUCAGGAAGAAGGGAAUCAUCUAGAAAUUUCACAAAAAAUGAAAAAAAAAAGACUGGUUUCAUUUUCAAUACGACACUCCGCUAGUACGCUCCGAUUUCUAGAAAAUGAUUUUUUUUUUUACAAAAAUAGCUUUUUUUCUGAAUUUUGAGAUGCCGCAAGACUUAUGAGACACUGUCCAGAAGUCCAAAAAAAAAAAAAUCAAAAAAGAAAUUUUUUACGACGCUCCGCUAGGACGCAUCCAAGUCGAAAAAAUAUCAUUUCAUUAAAAGUUUUACUUUUUUCGAGGGUGUCGAUAUUCAGGACAAAGGGAAUCAUGUAGAAAUUUCACAAAAAAUGAAAAAAUCAGACGUUUCAUUUUUCAAUACGACACUCCGCUAGUACGCUCCAAUUUCUAGAAAAUCAUCCUUCUAUUUGACGAGAUUUUUCCUUAAAAUUUAGGAACAUUUUUUAUCCAACAAAAAUAGCUUUUUUCUGAACUUUGAGAUGCCGCAAUACUCAUAAGACACUGUCUAGAAGUCCAAAAACAAAAAAAAAUUUUUUUCUUAGGAAUUCCAAUUUUCAGCCGCCUUCUUCUCAAUAUCGAUGCUAAUCUUGGGUCUAUCGAUUGUGGCAACUUUGGUGGUUAUAAAUGUCCAUUUUCGGUCUCCACACACCCAUCGGAUGACUAAAUGGGUUCGAAAAAACUUGAAAAAUUUCUUAAAACUAAAAUUUUCAGACUAAAAGCAUUUUUAUCGAAUGGCUACCAUGGAUGCUGCUGAUGAGCCGACCCGAGUAUAUUUUCAAAAAACCGAAAAGAAAUUGCGCCGACGAGGAAAGUUGCUCCAGUGAGAAGGUCAGUGACCAAGUGGGCACUUUAGUGGAUUAGGAGAAUCUCAAAAACCAAAAUAAAUAUUUUUCUGGUUGAAAAAAUAGUUCAAUCUAUCGGAAAUCCGAUCCUAAUAUGUAGAAUCAACAGUUGGAAAACUUGAUAAUUAUAAAAAAUCGAAAAAUCACUUGAUUUUUGAAAUGAAUAAGAUGGAUUUGUUGACGCAAAUGCGCUCUGACGAACUUACUUUUAGAAUUUUCAAAAAAUAAUCAUUUCGAACCAAAAUCACAGGCGUGAAGCUAUUCUAAUAUCAAAAGAAAAAUGUUGAAAGGUAAUUUUAUUUUGAAAAAUGAUUUUCUGCUUCUUGAGUCAAGCUUUUCAUUAGAAAUUAUGAAAAACCCUUGAAAAUUUGAGCAAAAAGUGCACCCGACCUAAACCGACUUACGAACGCUUUCAUCAAAAUUCGGCAUCUCGUUUUAAAAUGAUGCCGCAUCGCGUCGCAAGCCAUUCCAAUUGCGACCAAGGAAUUAAGAUUUCCCUUCAAACAUGGACUAGAGUCCAUUAGAAAUCUAAAUCAGAAAAAAAGACUUUUUCUGUUUCAACUAUUACAUAAAAUUAUCUUCAAUGCGAUAUAUAGGCACAUUUACACUGGUAGCAAUUUAUAUGAAAAAAUGAAAGAUAAAAUGUUUAAGAGUACAAAAUCAGCGAUUAGAAACAAAGAAGAACGAAUUCCGAUGGCUCAAGAGGAGGAGGAUGACGUCAUCAAUCAAAAUGUCAAAGGUUUUACUCUUGAAAAACCAAAAAAAAUCGAUGACUCAGAAAUAAGGAUGAGGCCACGCCUUCUGAUCAACAGUGACGUCAGAAACGCGCCUUUUGAAGAAUCUCUUCAGCAAAUCGUCGAAUUGCUUCAAUCUCUGAAGGCUUGA